AUGUCGAUAUGUGACGUGCUCAAAUUGGUCGCCACCCGUGACUGGCAGCCCGCCGCCACUGUUCUUGCGUCUCGUGUUUUCUGGAUGCAAAUGCUGGACGGCGAUUCCGAAUGUGCUAGGCAGGUCCCUCUGCGGCCCAUAAAAGCACUUUGA